UGGUUUGUGCGACUGUCAUAGCUAGAGAUCGCCUCAAUCGCUUCAUUUUCUUAAAUAAAGAGGUACAUUUUUUAAAAUCAAAAGAAAAUUGCUGCGAUUUGUGUAUAGGAAAAGAAGUAAACGAGUUAAAGAGUAUUUAAAGCCGCGAUGGCAUGGCGUCUACGCUUUCCUGUCGACGAAAUGGUCGAAGUGCUGGUAACCCACGUGGAGGCAGAAACGGGCAAUUUCUUCGUUCAACUCAGCGACUCGAACAGUUCAAAACUCGAGGAUCUUAUGGGAGAUAUCGCCAAUUUCGUUGCCCACAACACCUCAAGUUCUUUAAGGUCGAAGAUUUUGAGAGUCGGCGAUAUUUGCCUGGCUCAAUACCACCUCGACGAGGUUUGGUAUAGAGGUAAAGUUUUGGGUGUAAAUAAUAACAGUUAUAAGGUGUUUUUCUUUGAUUAUGGAAACUGCGAUUUAGUUGCAUCCAAUAACGCUAUGCUAGCUACGGAGAAAUUCAUAACUUUGCCACCGCAAGCCUUUGAAUGUGAACUUGCAGAUGUUAAACCCACUGGAGGAAACUGGAAUGCUGAACUGCUUGUGAAACUUGAGGAAUUGAUUUUGGAGCAAAUCUUUGUUGCCCAGGCAGUUUCAUUGAAAACCAACAACGUUCUAGUCCUGAGCCUAUUCCAAGAUGCAACAAUGAGUAAGCUUGUGGUAGAUCCAUUAAUUUCGGCUGGUUACCUUGAGCGCACCGAGGUUCCGCUUCCAGCCAAUUCUGGUGGACCGAAGCAAAGUUACAAGUAUUUGGAGCUGAAUAAUUUUAGCUUUGAGGAUGUCCUUGUUUCCCACUGUGAGAAUCCAAGUGAGUUCUAUUGUAUAUUGAUAAAGAACUCAACUGCAUUGCAUAGGCUGAUGGAAGAAUUGGAAAAGACUUACAGAGAAGCGACAGAGGACGAUUACCCGUUGACAUCUAGUUGCCAAAAUAACCCAUGCUGUGCCAAGUAUUCCGACGAUAACAUGUGGUACCGUGCAAUCAUUACAAGCGAAACCCCUUCUUCCACUGGCGAAAUUAAUGUAAAGUUUGUCGAUUAUGGCAAUUGCCAGACUGUCCAUAUUUCUAACCUUAUGGGACUUGAUGAAAGAUUCUUGGAAUUACCUAUGCAAGCAUUAGAGUGCACAUUGUAUGGAGUCAAGCCGAUGGAUAAUAAAAUCGAUUGGCCUCAGGAUGCUUGUGAUUUGUUUGAAACACUCACCAGUGAAAAGCAACUUGUAAGCUAUUUAAGCAACAUUCGGGACAAUGCUGGAGAAGUUUUUCUUUUCGACACAUCUGAAGAGACUAAAGAUAUAAAUUUUGGCCAAGUUUUAGUCGACCACGGCAAGGCUGUUGCAGUUAAACCAUUGACAGACUACAAAAAACCGCGAACAUCUCAGCGUAGGAAGUCUUCGUUCGGCAUCAUAGAUCUUGCUCCGAGCAGUACAGAAAAGGUUGUGGUUACAAAUAUAGAAUCCCCAUCGGACUUUUACUGCCAACUUCUAAAACAUUCAAAUGAUUUGAGCAAGCUAAUGGAUGAUAUAAGUGAGUAUUAUGAAGCGCUUGGCGAUGUUGAUGAUACCAUAACCUUGCCUCAAGCUGGAAUGCUUUGCUGUGGCAAAUAUACCGAGGACGACGGUUGGUAUAGAGCUUUGAUUUUAAGCUCGGAUAUUGCAAAUCGGCAAGUGGAAGUAAUGUAUGUGGACUACGGUAAUUUUGAGAUGCUUCCCAUCACAAGAAUCAAAGAGUUGAAACCCAAAUUUGUGACGUUGCCUCAGCAAGCCAUUCCCUGUUGCCUGUAUGGUGUAAGCCCUUCCGCACCAAACUGGACCGACCAAGCAAUUGAGGAAUUUCAAAAUGCAAUACUAGACAAAGAACUGCAGAUUAAAGUUGUCUCGCACAGCGAGGCACAGAAUUAUAGUGUAUGUGUCAUGGAGACUGUUGGUGAUGAGGAAUACAGCAUUAACAAACAACUAGUUCAGAAAGGUUUUGCGAUAUCUGAUGAAGAUCAUCCGGGAGUUCCAGUCGAGACAGGAUUUCAAAAUUACCAUCCACCAGCCGUAGAUAUUGGUAACUAUGUUGACAUUGAAGUCACUCACGUUGAGAAUCUCGACCAAUUUUGGUGCCAUCUUGUCUCCUCGGCCGAUGACAUGGAAAGUCUGAUGGCAAAUCUUCAGGAGUAUUACGACGUGAAUCCACCAAAGGGGACAGACUUGAAUGUGUUUAACAAAGGGAGCCCGUGUUGUGCACGGUUUAGUGAUGACAACUUGUGGUACCGUGGAAAGAUUCUUGAAAAAAUGCCAAACAGUCGUUUUAAAGUUCGUUUUGUUGACUACGGGAAUUGCGAAAUUGUUUCUGCGAAAAGUGUCGCUGUUUUGAAUCCGGAAUUUCUGCAGUUGCCAAUCCAGGCCAUCGAAUGUAGCCUCGCGAACCUGCCUUCGGCUCACAAGAGAGCGAACAAAUUUGUCAGUAAAUUUCUCGACAUGGUGAACGGCAAAGAGCUGGUUGGUCGGAUGGACGAACGUGUCAAUAAUGGCAAAUAUUCGGUGUUGCUGAUCGAUACAGGUGGAGGUAAAUCUGUUAACAUCAACGAAGAGAUGGUUGAGUUUAGCACCGGGAAUAAUGCAAAGCAAAAUGCUGAGAAAGAACCUGUUGCAAAAAUAGCAUCGAAAGUGGAUGAACCCAAUAUCACCAUUGGUGCUGAAGAGCUCGUCUACAUCACAAACGUGAUCAGUUCCGAAGAAUUCCACUGUCAGCUUGUUAAGACAUCUUCUCAAUUAGACAAACUUAUGGACAACAUCGAAGCAUUCUACCGUGACCUCUCCCCAGGCGAUUGCACGUUAGUUAACCCACAAGUUGACGAUAUUUGCUGCGCCAUGUUCACGGUGGACGAUGGUUUCUAUCGGGCUGUCGUCACGAAGCUCUCACGUGAUUGUGUCGAAGUCCGUUACCUGGAUUACGGAAACAGCGAGGAGCUUCCACUUUCUCGAAUUUGGACUUUGAAUGCGAACUUCACCGAGCUACCCGCACAGUGCUUCCAUGCUAAGGCGCUCUCUCCGAGCUCAGAAAAUGCGGCGGAUUUUGAGAAGAAAGUACUGGAGAAAGAAUUGAAGGCAGAGAUUGUUAGAAAAGACGAGAAUGGUGCUUACGUCGUUCGUCUAUUAGAUUCCAACGGAAGACCUCUAUUCCCCAGUGGUUCUGAGAGGUCACAACAGAAACAAGCGUCGUCUAAACGUACACCCUGUACGGUAAAGGACGCAAGUGUUUCAAUCGACGAGACGAUGCGUGUGUACAUAACUUCUGUAACAAGUCCCGACGAUUUCUUCUGCCAGCUUACUAAAACGACCGCUCAACUUGACGACUUGAUGAACGAGAUUGAAGAGCAUUAUCGACCGCUUGGAGAUCAACAGGAGUCCUUAAAAGACCCAGAGAUUGGCGAGGCAUGUUGUGCCAUGUUUACUUUGGAUGAUGGUUGGUAUCGCGCGAGGGUGAACAAGCGUUCUGGUACCACAUUUGAUGUUUGUUACAUCGAUUAUGGCAACUCAGAAACUAUUCCCCAAAUCAGAGUGAAGACUUUACACGAGAACUUUACGAGGUUGCCUGUCCAAGGUUUUCACGCCUGUGUUAAAACUGCGAAUGCUGUGGAUAGCUCGUCGUUUAAGGAUAGUGUUUUGGAGAAAGAAUUCGACGCAAGGAUUGUAGCGCAGAAUAAGGGCAGCGUGUUUGAAGUCGAGCUUUUCAACGCUGACGGGAUGAAGUUGUUUGGAACUGCGAAUGAUAGGAAAAAAACCGAAGUAUACAAAGUCGAGGAAGCCCAGGUAACGAAGGGUGCGAAAGAACACGUUUAUGUGACGUUCUUUGAAAGUCCCGAAAGCUUUUUCUGUCAGCUCACGAAGACCUCGAAACACCUGGAUGAGCUUAUGGACAGACUUGAAGAAUUCUACCGCCCCCUGGGCAAUGGCGAUGAACGACUGGUAAAGCCAAAGAUUGGCGAUACUUGCUGUGCAAUGUUCACCGAAGAUGACGGAUGGUAUCGUGCCGUCAUUACUAAGGUUUCUGUCAAUACAGUAGAAGUUAAUUAUAUCGAUUAUGGCAACAGUGAGGAACUUCCGGUGUCCAGAAUAAAAAGGUUACUCGCGUGUUAUUGUGAAACGAGCGUCCAGGGCUUUUCAGCUAGUCUGGUUGGAUCUACUUCGGCGGGAGUGGAAAAGAUAAGGGAAGCGAUCGAUGGCAAGGAAUUAAUGGUUCGUGUGACAGGUCGAAAGGGUAACGGUGUUUUCGAUGUCGAGGUCUAUGAUAUGAAUGGUAGAAGACUGUUUAGUUCUGCCCAGGACUCUGGGAAACCAGCAGAAGUGCGGUCAAUAAAUGAUUUCUUGAGUUCGUACAAUAUUCUAUCAGGAUCACAGAUGGACGUCUGUGGAUCUCACUGCGAGAGUCCAAAUAUGUUCUACCUUCAUCUGGUGAAGAAUAAAGGAAGUCUGGAGAAGGUUAUGACAGAUCUGAGUGAAGUGUAUUCUAACCUCAAACCAACGGAUAACGCAGUUGUCAAUCCUGUUGUCCACAUGUUUGUUGCUGCCAAAUACCCAGUGGAUGGUGGAUGGUACAGGGCGCGUAUUCUCAGUAUUCCUUCUCCAAACGAAGUGGAAGUUUGUUAUGUUGAUUUCGGAAAUUGCGAGCGUGUUGGUUUACAUGACAUCAAAACGCUUGCUCCCGCGUUCCAUGACACGCCCGUGCAAGCGGUCAAAUGCCGUCUGCAUGACGGGAAGGAAAAGUGGAAUGGUAACGAGUGCGAUACAUUCGAGAUCUUGGUUCUUGAGAAGCACCUCAUUGCAGAUGUGAAGUCCAUCGAUACGAACACCCAAACUUUGACGGUCUCCCUGUUCGAUACCCAUGGCUCUGAAAAUGUAAACAUCCUCAAAGCUAUCAGCGCUAAAUCCUCAAGAAGUCAGGAAAAACUACCCAAGCUCACAAGCCUUCCCAAACUCCAACUCAAAGACGUUGAAAAUGUCCUGGUCGAGAGUGCGGAAUCUCUGGAUAGUUUUAUCUGCCAAUUUACAAGACUUAACCUCGACCUUGACACAGUGGCGGACAUGAUGUACGAAACUUACCAUGAGGGGACCCCACCGGACUUUGUCGCUACUCCAUUACAAGUCAAUGACGUGAUCGCCGCCAUGUUUAACGAAGACGAAACAUGGUACCGGGCAUCUGUCUCGGGGCUAAACCCCGAUGGUGGCGUGCACAUGACUUACAUUGACUACGGAAAUUCAGAGACGAUUCCCCGAGCGGAGAUUGGGAAACGCGUACGGUAUCUUGAAAAGGAACUUCUUCGUUAUCCGCCCAUGCGCGGUGUGAUGUGUUCGUUGUCACGUGUCAGCACUGAGGGGAAACGGUAUUCGUGGACCCCACGCGCGCACGACGCGUUCGUUCGCUAUGUUGUCGAGAAGGAAUUUCGAGCAAGGCUGAGCUCCGAUAGGGAACCGUACCAAGCCCUCCUCGAAGACAAAUUAGGAAGCAUACACACGUGGCUGGCACGUGAAAAACUCGUGACAAGCAAGGACUCUGAACCGGAGGUGGUGCAAGAUGAUUUCUAUGAACUUAAGGUGGCUGUGGGGACAUCAUGUGAUGUUUACGUAACACAUUCGAGAAAUCCCGAGGAUUUCUACGUUCAACAGGCUGCGAAUGCAGACGCCAUUGACAAAGUUAUGGACGACAUACAUACAAGCUGUACCGACGGAUCCCGAGGAGCAAUAGUGGAUAUCAAGCAAGGCACCCUUUGUGCUGCUCAGUAUACUGCCGACGAUGCCUGGUACCGCGCCAGAGUUACGCAGAAGCCUGGACCUGACUCCGUAGAAGUACUUUUCGUCGAUUACGGAAACACGGAGGUUUUACCGAAAGAAAGGAUAAAAGAGCUCGAUCCCAGUCUCCUUGAGCUGCCCGCGCAGGCCAUAUGCUGUGGCUUGCAGAUACACCACCAACAAAGAGCCUGGGAUUCAGAAACGAAGGAACGAUUUGAGACAGCCACCGCUGACAAGUGCUUGAAGAUGACCGUGUUGAAAGACCUGGAUGUUAAAUUGCUGGUGACAAUGACGGAUGAGGAGGGAUCACUAUCAUUGAAUGACAUGUUUAGUCAAAAACCAUCUGAACUAUCUGAGGACUCUGCCGAGCCAGCCGAGAUAUCCCUAACGGCGUAUCCUGUGACAGGAAAACAAACCGCAGAGGUUUACAUCAGUCACUUGGUCAACCCCGGUGAAUUCUAUGUGCAGCUUUCUGGUACUGAGGAAGAGCUAGAACGCUUGGCUGAACUUUGUGCCCAGACUUACGACGGCCCAGAAAGUGACAGUUAUAAACUGCCUAAUCCACAAAAGGAUAUGUUCUGUUGUGCGCGUUAUUCUGAAGACGAGGCCUGGUAUCGAGCCCAGAUCCUCUCCGUCGACCCCACCAAUCACACAGCGACCGUUCGUUUCGUGGACCAUGGCAACACUGACGUGGCGAAUCUCGCAUCAGAUCUUCGUCGACUUUCAGCCGAACUUUCAACAUCGCCUUGUCAUGCUAUACCCUGCACCCUCGCGCGUGGCUCGUGGACGCCCGAACAGUGCUCCAGUUUCGAAGCUGCCGCAUUGGAUAAACCACUUCAAGCAACCUUUGAAGCGUACCUCGAGAACACUUGGAUAUUAACGCUUAAAGACGGGACUACCUCGUUGAAUCAGCUACUCAAACCUUCCGCGGUUACCCCGUCUGUGCAAAAACCACGUUUGGCCGUUGGGGACGAGCCCGCUGUGUACAUUGUCAGCGUGCAUUCACCAGAUGACGUCAUCCUUCAGUUAAGUGGUCACGUGAGUGACUUGGAGGCAUUAAUGGAUGAUAUAGCCACUAACCCACCUCAGGACACGUUGCCGAUCUCGCAAGUGGAAACUGGAGCGUCUUGUCUCGCUUUGUUUACUGAAGAUGAGGCCUGGUAUCGAGCAAAGGUACUGGAUUGCGAUGGUGACCUGGUCAGGGUCCUUUACGUGGAUUAUGGUAAUGCGGAAUGGUUAGAUGCCGACAGGCUUGCUCCAAUAUCUGAACGAUUCUCAAAUCUACCCGAAGUCAGUGUCCGUUGCUGUUUCGACCUCUCAAACGGUGGGGAAAUCUGGACGGAUGACGUUGGCGAGAAACUGCUUGAAAUUUACGGAGAACACGAACUUCGUUGUAAGAUUACGUCCGAAAAUGACGAGGUUUUUUCAGUAAGGCUGUUCUGUGAUGGGGAAGAUGUCUUGGCCAAAGUUUUAACAUCUGGCGAGGUUGCAUCGGCUUCGGAUAGUGGAAUUACCGCAGAAGUGGCGCUCUCUGAUCGUUAUCAGGUCAAAGAACUAACAGCAGGUGAACGGAAGGAUGUCAUAUGUUCACAUAUUGAAUCGCCUCAGAAACUUUGGUGCCAGCUCUCAGAAGAUCAGGGCAUUUUGGAUGAUCUUAUGGAUCAUUUACAUGAAGUAUACAGUGCACUUAGCGCCGAGGAACUGCUGGUCACGAGUUACGACGUCAAUUCAGUGUGUUGCGGUCAGUUUCUUGAUGACGACGGAUGGUAUCGAGCGGAAAUACUUGGCAAGCAGGAUGAAGGUGUCAUGGUGCGUUACGUUGAUUACGGUAACGAGGAACUAUUACCUACUGCAAGAUUACGAAGUUUAAAGCCAGAGUUUUUGGCAACACCACGCCAAGCCAUCGCGUGUUUGUUGGCCGACAUCCAGCCCAGUGACGAUGACUGGAGUUCUGAUGCCAUUACCGUUGUCGAAGAGUUUACCUCAGAAAAGUCCCUUACGAUCGAAAUAAAAAGUGUGGAUGAUCUUGCUGCCACAGCUAUCGUUUACGGCCGUUCAGAAGACGAGGAAAUAUCUUUAAGCGAUCUUCUUGUCGAGAAAUCCUUCGCAACUCGGUCUGUGGAAUCUUCAAACGAAGCUCCAGGUAGUUUGGUAGCUGAAGUAUCCUAUUCGAACUUCCCAGCGAAGAUUGGCGACAAGUUGAAUCUAUUUUACGUGUCUGCCGAAUCACCAGCGAGUAUUUGGUGUCAACUGUCCGACUCUGAAAACGAUCUGCUUGAUCUCAUGGAGAAGCUUGGAGCGUUUUAUGGAAACCUGAAUGAAGGAGACUGGGCGCUAGUAGAACCGGUCGUUGGAGCGGCCGUUUGUGCUCAGUUCACCGAGGAUGAUUCGUGGUAUCGCGCUGUGAUAUUGGAGACUGAACCGAGCAUAGCCGUUCAGUUUGUUGAUUACGGAAACUCUGAGAAGUUGACUCAAUCCAGAAUUCGAAUUUUGAAGCCUGAAUUUGCACCUUUGCCUAAACAAGCUAUCCACUUAGAACUUUCCGGUGUCUCACCCGAGUCUCUCGAAGAAUGGUCGGAGGAAAAGCGGGAUGCGAUGGAAGAAUUAUGUUCCGAGAAAUGUUAUGUCGGUGAAAUUCUCGGAAUCUCCGAUAGCGCCAUGGAAAUUUCCUUACGAGAAAUUGAGUCGCAGAAACUGUUGUUGGAUGAGUUGUGCCAGGCGGAGCUUGUGGCGAGGAAAGGUAAAGACGGUGUUGAACAGGAAGACACGAAAGUAAGCGAGGCUUUAGUCCAGCCAGAUGUCGAACCACCCGCUGUUGAAGACCAGGCAGUUAGCGACCAUACAGGAAAUGAACUACCAGUAGAUGACCAAGUAGGCCCCCCAGUGAGUGACCAGCUAGUGGACGAAAAAUCAGUAGAUGAAGUACCAGUAGAUGACCAGCCAAUGGAUGAAGUACCAGUAGAUGACCAGCCAGUGGAUGAAGUACCAGUAGAUGACCAGCCAGUGGAUGAAGUACCAGUAGAUGACCAGCCAGUGGAUGAAGUACCAGUAGAUGACCAGCCAAUGGAUGAAGUACCAGUAAAUGACCAGCCAGUGGAUGAAGUACCAGUAGAUGACCAGCCAGUGGAUGAAGUACCAGUGGAUGACCAGUCAGUGGAUGAAGUACCAGUAGAUGACCAGCCAAUGGAUGAAAUACCAGAAGAUGACCAGUCAGUGGAUGAAGUACCAGUAGAUCACCAGCCAGUGGAAAAUGUACCAGUAAAUGACCAGCCAGUGGAUGAAGCAGCAGUAGAAGUAAAAGAUCACUUAAUAAAUGACCAACCAGUCGACGACCAGCUAGAUCUUGAAUCACCAGAUGUUGAGGACCAACCAGUGGACGACCAGCCAGUGGACCAGCAAGAAGUCGGUACACCAGCUUUGGAAGAGAAACCAGCCUAUGAUCAACUGACUUUGGACGAACCAGUUCCGGACGAGCGGCCUCCGAUCAAAGAACAAGCGGACGAUGUCCUACUCGCCCAAAAUAGUCGCAGCGACGAAGCCGAAGACGUGACAAGAGGAGCUUCUCCAGGCGACAGCGAGGAAGAUUUGAACGAUGCGACGGCCGUGUGUCAUGCUAUCGACCGCUUGCUUGACGAGAUUGACUCUCGCUCUGGAGAAGUAAACACAGACGAUGGAAAACCAGCUGAAGAAGAACUCAAUGAAGAGGCGCCCGCGAUCACACCUGGGGAAGAGAAAACACCUCACCAGGAUGAGUCUACAACUGAUGUCGAAGUACAUUCGGAAAAAGAACCAAUUGCUGACGAGGAGAAAGUCUCUGAGGACAUUCCCGAGGUCACGGUGGACGAGACAACCCCUUCGGAAAUUACUGCACCAAACAUCGAGCUUCAAAAAAACCAACUUUGUCUUGAAAGCGACUCCGCCACGGGCAGUAGUAGUACGACUCCGUCUUUCCUAAGCCCCAGGACUGAACUCACGGACGAGUCUCCCAGUGAUGAGACAAACUCGUAUAUGACCCCGCCUGAUGAACUCGUCUCGGAAACAGUCGGCGAAGAUCAAGCCUUGUUUUCGUCUCCCGAGUCAGACACGAGCGACCGCCAACGUUACGCUUAUCCCGAGAUUAAUCUCGGAGAUAUACACAAGGUUACUAUAUCACACAUUCAAUCCCCGUCAAGUUUUUUCUGCCAAUUGUCGAGAAUGGAAAUCGAGCUUUCGCACCUCAUGGAGACGAUCCAAACGACUUUCACUGAAGAUAUCCAAGAAACACUUUCCAUCGAUGCCUCUAAUGUGGGUGCCUUGUGCUGCGCCCAGUCCCCCGACGAUGGCAAAUGGUAUCGUGCUGUCGUCAGAAACAUCGGAGAUGAUGAUCACGUCGAUGUCACGCUUGUCGACUUCGGGAAAAACGUCAAUCUGCCGGCGGGCGGACUAAAAUCUAUCAGUCAUGAGUUUGUCACCAGUCUUCCACGCCAGGCUAUUCAUUGCUCCUUAGUGGACCUUGAGCCCGCGGACGAGAAGUGGUCAGCGGAUGCGGUGACAAAAAUGACCGAAGUGUGUGCUGGGAAAAUGCUGGAAGGAAUCUUCCGAUCACGUCAUCGUAAGGUAUACAAUAUUUAUCUUCGUGACCCCGAAGACGAUGACGCGGACUUCGUAAAUAAACUUCUGGUGGAUUUGAAAUUGGCAAGGGUUACUGGAAGGGGUUCUGACUCCGGGGAGGGUGCGGAUUCAAGUGAAAGUAAUGGCGUAAAUGAAGAGUCGGUUCCGGAUGAGAAGAACGAUGAAAAAGAAUCAAGCGGUUCACAAAAUGACGAUCACCAGUCUGAAACCAGCAGAAUGGAGAUUAGCAAAAGUGUGGAAGAGUUUCUAGAAAACUUGAUAGAAGUCGCCAUCGACCAAGCCGUCAAAUCGGCAAUGGAACUAUCGGAGGACACAGAAGAUGUUUCUGAAGGGCAUAGCGAAAUUGAAAAUGUGGGCCGUAGUGAAAUACAAGGUGAAGAUGCUCCUGCUUCGAGAACAGCCGAUGAAACCCAUGACAAAAACAGCGUUCUGUUAAACACGGAAGAAAUUUCUACGGAGGAAUCUACGACCGUGGUUGAAGCUGAAAUUGAAGCUGAAAUUGAAGCUGAAAUUGAAGCUGAAAUUGAAGCUGAAAUUGAAGCUGAAAUUGAAAAGAUUGCUAUGGUGGAAGAGAAUGAGACACAAAGUGGUUUGCAAAGAGAAUUUCAGGAAUGUUUUUCGGAGGAGGUGGAAGAUACGAUUGGAGUUCACUGUGAGGAGUUCGGUGAGACGAAAGAGAGUCCUGGCUUUAGUAAACAGCGUGAUAAUUCAGGCUUUGAUACAUCAAGUGAAGGAGCUUCGGCUGCCAUCUUUGAUGGUGAUGCAGAUAAAGGUAUAGAAAACGAAGGCGAAGAACAAGAGAGCGCACAGAUGAUGUUGGAAGAGGAGGUUGGUAAGCCCGAAGCAUCAAAUGAAACCUGUCCCGAAAAUCAUCAAGUUCCGAGUGAGCAGCAUGAUGUUAGAGGCGUUGAUGAUUCAAGCGAUGCAGCUGCCAUGGUGCUUAUGGAAAUCCCAGGCGAAGAUGAAGAAAGCACAACGACGAUGUUGGAAGAACUGGACGAGAUGGCUGUUGCAACACAUGAAACUUCUGCAACACAUGAAACUUCUGCAGAAGAUACGCUGGAUCCUAGCGGACUGCGUGAUGAUAGAGGGAGUGAUCUUUCAAGUGAUGAAGCAACCGUAAUCUCGUAUCGUCAGGGUGAAGAAGCCUCGUACAAGGAUGAGAAAUGUGGAAUGAUUAUAUUAGACGAGCAGCCUGAAGCAUCGGAUGAAGUCCCUGCAGAAGACGGUCGAGAUGUCCUUGGCAUGGAAGAUGAUGAAGACUGUGAUGAAGGACAGGAUGAAGAGAUUAUUGAACCUCAUUCUGACGCGACGAUAAAUGAAGUAGAGGGUGAUGAAGCGGAAGCUGGCAGUAUAGCAGAAGGACAGAAUGCUUUUUCUGAGCAUGUUGGAGGUUGUGAAGAACAUCCUGAGAGUGUAAAUGGAAUUAUCCAUGAUGAUGAUCAGUAUUGUAUUGACGAGCAGCCUUGUGCACCUGAAAUGGAGAUUGAGGUUGAUCCGGCAGAAAAGGGGGAAGAGAACCCCGGGGAGCCCGAGCCUUGCGCAGUUGGAGAGUCUGAGGCAUUUGGUGAUAGCGAAAGUACGGAUCCAUGUAUUUUACCCGCCAUUGGUGAAGUUGAAGCUUCAGAAGAUGUUCAUGGGGAAAAGAACCAAGAAGUUGAAGAUAGUAUGGAAAAUAUAACCGUUGGCACUUGUGAAUUGUCAGAACCUGAUGCUGAGAAUGGCGGUGUAAAUGGACAGUCUUCAAUUCAAACCGAGCUCGAUGCAAUUCCCUCAGUUUCUGAAGACGACCCCGGUGACGAUCGUAAAAUAGACGUCCACGAGCAAGUAAUCGAUGAUAAGGACUUCUUUGAACAGCAUACGACCGCCAUUAUUGAAACUCAGGUCAAAAAUAAUGAUGAUUUUGAGCACAGGAACGGCAGUACAGCUGAUGAGGAGUAUCGUUGUGGCGUUGGAGACAUGGAUGGCAAACCAUCUUUAGAAGACGACUGUCCCGGUGACACUCCAGAGAAAGUCGUUUUAGAUGCUUUGGUGAGCGAAAUUGCCUUGCGUGCGAAAGUGUGGCAGCAAAGACGAAGACUUUGAUAUCGAUUAACUUUGCAUUUAGUAAUUUUUUUUGUGUCUCAUGUUCACGUUGACAUAAUGUUUUUUAUGAAAACUCAGAGAUUUAUAUUGUUGAAAAGAAAAAAAAGACGCUACCUACUACGUUUUGGUAGUUUGAACGUUAGUUU